AUGGCCGCCGAGCUUCAGCAUGUCAAGCAAGUGUUGCAAGACAAACAAGCUUCGGGUCCCGCGCCGAGUGAAGCCGGCCACAGUCGAGCGCCCGCCUGCUGUACUGCCGUAUUUCGGAGGAGUCACAGACAAGGUCAUUACUCUGAACGUUCGGUACAUCGAUUAUACACAAAAAUGGAAGGAAAUACUUCUCACAAAGAAAAUCUUGAUCCAGUUACUCCAAUGCAAGAUCCUGUGAUAUCAACUAAUCCUGUAGUUAUAAAGAAAAGGGCUGAAAUGUUUUUAGGAGGAGCAUUGGGAGACAAGAAAAAGACAAAGGGUAUCCUUCGAGAAGAGUACGAAGAUGCUGAUCUGCUGCUUUUAUGGAUAAUAUUUUCGACUCAGUUAAUGGCAGUUCUCUUACGCCGUCACGACUUAUUACACUACAGGGCAUACAGCGCAUAA